CUUAUCAUGGUCUAGGUGGUCGCAGGCUGGCUCUCGGGCGUCUUGAUACGAAGUGCAAGAAGCAGCGGCGAACGAUAGGGGUAGUGUUUGCCAUGGAUCCUGCCGAAUUGUUCGACUUUGGCAUACCGUCCAAUGGCAAUGACGCCAACGGGAGUUUCUCUCAUUCACAUCAAAGUAACAUAAGCAUGAGCAGCACGCAUUCGACGAAACGACGAGAGCGGUUAAAAGACGGCGAAGACGACGAAGAAAAUGAGAGCCAACCAAAGAAAAUCGCUAGAACUGACGAACGGAAUGGGGUGACCAAGGAAGGGAUGGAGGCCGCACAGCCGCCGACUUCCAAAAUUGCUGUCACCGAUGACUUUACGGCUCAAGGCGAGCAGCAGAUCGCUGCCAGUAAAGGGCUGGCCAGCGAUCCUGGGAAAUCGAAAGUGCCACAAGAAAAUGCGUUGGAAUCAACCAAUGGUGCUUCACCCGCAUUACUUGCGGUAGAUGAGAAGCUUACUGUCACGCACUCUGUGCGGCAUCAAGUCGCCAUCCCGCCUGGUUACAAUUACACACCUCUCAGUCAGCACAUACCUCCAGCUGAGCCAGCAAAGACGUAUCCCUUCACCUUGGAUCCCUUCCAAGCCACUUCUAUUCACUCUAUUCAGCGUGGCGAGUCGGUACUCGUGUCCGCUCACACUUCCGCCGGAAAGACGGUCGUGGCGGAGUAUGCGAUCGCACAGUGCCUGAAGAACGGUCAAAGAGUGGUUUACACAUCACCAAUCAAGGCGCUGUCGAAUCAAAAAUAUCGCGAGCUGCAGGCGGAGUUUGGGGACGUUGGCCUGAUGACUGGCGAUGUGACCAUCAAUCCGAGCGCCAGCUGCUUGGUCAUGACUACAGAGAUUCUGCGAUCUAUGCUGUAUCGAGGGUCUGAGAUCAUGCGAGAGGUAGCAUGGGUCAUUUUUGAUGAAAUCCACUACAUGCGUGACAAGGAGCGAGGUGUGGUGUGGGAGGAAACAAUUAUCCUGCUUCCUCGCCAAGUUCGUUAUGUCUUCCUGUCGGCAACCAUUCCGAAUGCUAUGCAAUUCGCCGAGUGGAUCGCGCAAACACAUCAGCAACCAUGCCACGUCGUUUACACCGACUUCAGGCCCACACCUCUACAGCACUAUCUGUUCCCUGAAGGAGGCGAUGGGAUACAUCUCGUCGUGGAUGAGAAGGGCGUGUUCCGAGAGGAGAACUUCCAGAAGGCUAUGGGCGCUCUGAGCGACUCUAAAGGCGAAGAUCCAGCCAGUGCCAGUUCUGGGAAAGGCAAGAGGAAAGGGCAAACGAAGAAGGGAAAGACCAAGGAGGGGGAUCAGUCGUCCGACAUCUACAAGAUUGUCAAGAUGAUCAUGCUAAAGAACUACAAUCCGGUCAUCGUGUUUGCCUUCAGCAAGCGGGAAUGCGAGGCGCUUGCGCUACAGAUGAGCAAGCUCGAAUUCAAUACGGAUGACGAGAAGGAAAUGGUGGCGACUGUGUUCAACAAUGCGAUCGGCGCGUUGAGUGACGAGGACAGGGGCUUGCCGCAGAUCGAGCACAUCCUUCCACUGUUGCAACGCGGAAUCGGUAUCCACCACGGUGGCCUUCUUCCAAUCCUGAAGGAAGUCAUUGAAAUCCUCUUCCAGGAGGGCCUCAUCAAGGUGCUUUUCGCGACAGAGACCUUUUCCAUCGGCCUUAACAUGCCCGCCAAGACUGUCGUGUUUACCUCUGUCCGGAAGUGGGACGGCACGGACUUCCGCAAUCUCUCCUCCGGCGAAUUCAUCCAGAUGUCUGGGCGUGCAGGUCGCAGAGGUUUGGAUGACAGAGGCAUUGUCAUCAUGAUGUUUGACGAGAAGCUGGAGCCACAUUCUGCAAAAGAAAUGGUCAAAGGUGAAGCCGAUCGGCUGAACAGUGCCUUCCACCUGGGCUACAACAUGGUCCUCAACCUCAUGCGCGUGGAAGGAAUCUCACCAGAGUACAUGCUUGAGCGAUGUUUCUAUCAAUUCCAGAGCGCUGCCAGCAUUCCGGGCUUGGAGAAACAGCUGGACAAUGCACAGAAAGCGCAUGAUCGGAGACACAUCGCCCACGAGGAUUUGAUCUCACAGAUCUUUGAGCUGAAAGAGCAACUGAGGAUUCUCAAAUCCGACCAGCAAGCAGUCGUCAGUCACCCCAAUUACGCAUUGCCGUUCCUGCAACCUGGAAGAUUGGUGCACGUCAAGCAUGCGGGUAUGGACUUCGGCUGGGGCAGCAUUGUCUCGUACCAAAAGCGCGCUCCACCCGCGAAAGGCAGGCCGCUCGAUCCAAAUACAUCAGCAUCCCAAGGCUAUAUCGUGGAUGUCCUUCUGUAUCUCUCAAAAGACGAGGUUACCGCGGAUACUGUCAAGGCGGGCAAAGCACGGCCCAUCACCGGUGUCCUAGAGACAGGCCCACGGGCUGCGCAGCAGGUAGUCAUGAAGCCGUGCACAGAGGAAGGCCAGGGUGAAAUGGUCGUCGUUCCUGCGCUUCUAUCGACAGUGCAAGAGAUCUCCGGCAUCCGUAUUUUCUUACCGAAGGAUCUGCGCCCACUCGAAUGUCGCGAACAGGUGCGCAAGAAUCUCAAGGAGGUCAAGCGGCGUUUCCCGAGCAAAGUCCCGCUUCUGGACCCUGUCAAGGACAUGAAGAUCGAUGACGAUGGCUUCAAGACGCUCCUCGACAAAGUGAGCAUGAUCGAAUCGCGCAUCAAAGAGAUCUCCGCCAAAUUCGACAAAAAGGUGCUGGACGAACUUGAACAGGCUUACGAGGAGAAAAUGCAGGAUAAGGCAAAGGUCGCAGAGAUUGAGCGCAAAGUGACGGCUGCGCGGAAUGUCUUGCAACUGGAUGAGCUUAAGUGUCGCAAGCGAGUGCUGCGGCGCCUGGGCUUCACGACCGACCAGGAUGUCGUUGAGAAGAAGGGCCGUGUGGCGUGCGAGAUAAGCACCGGUGACGAACUGAUGCUGACGGAGAUGAUUUUCAACGGCAUCUUCAACGACCUCGCUCCGGAGCAAUGCGCGGCGCUUUGUAGCUGCUUCGUCUUCAACGAGAAGAGUCAGCACGAAGUUAAGCUAAAGGAGGAGCUUGCAGCGCCAUUGCGCGUGCUACAGGAGACUGCGAGGCGGAUUGCAAAAGUUUCGAAAGAGAGCAGGUUACCGCUCAAUGAGGAUGAGUACGUCAAGAGCUUCAAGGUCGAGCUUAUGGACGCUGUCAUCCAGUGGUGCAGAGGGGCCAAGUUUGCGGACAUUUGCAAGCUCACAGACGUCUUCGAAGGUUCACUCAUCAGGGCGUUCAGGCGUCUGCAAGAGCUGCUGCGCCAAUUGGUCGAAGCAGCCAAGGCAAUCGGCAAUGACGAGCUGGAGACCAAGUUCAAUCAGAGCUUGGCCAUGCUCGAAAGGCAGACUAGCAUUAUUUUCUCGCCUUCUCUGUAUUUGUAACAAGCUAUCUUGCGCUGUAUUUCAUGGAUCGCUUACAUCUAAAGAGACAUGUAC